GAUUUUUUCCUAUUUAUGAAUCUCUGGGGCAAAUCUGUCAAGUCUCAUCUCAAUAAAACUACCAUAGUAUGGAAACACUUUUGUCAAUAUUCCACAAACCCCCUGAGUUCAUAUUGCUUUUAUUAAUUUGUUACCGAGCAAUAAGAAAACAAUGUUUUAUAAUCAUAGUGUACAUUCUAUUGUACCAUGGUUUUCAGCCAUUUAAACCAUAACGUUUAUGUAAAUUGAGUGUUUGGAGUCCUGGCUGCUGUUUGGCUGAUUUCCUUGUUAUGUGACACAUUAUACCACGAGUAUGAGUAAUUGCGUUGGUAGCCUCUUAAACCAUGCCUAGAAUGUUGCUGGGCCUGGGAAAUACCAAUAGGAUUUUUGUUCCCAAGGGGUGGGAAAAAUGUUAAUGUUAAAACACGUUAACCCAAUCAAAUGUAUUGCUUGGGAGGGGCUUAUACAGGUGCUCACAAGAAUAAUGUGAGCACCUGUUUAGCCAACUACCGUAGGGCAACAGUAGUUGGCUAAGUGAAGAUGGCAGCAAAAUAAAAACCCAUCAAGUCUGUGGAUGCAUGUCGCAUUUUUGGUGAACCGUUUCAGUCUUCGGGAAACAAACAAUCUUUUCCGAGAUAAAUCGGCGUUACUGCGACCGGACUACACACUCACGUUAGAAGAUAAAAGAGGACCGGUUGGAAAAUAUGGGACAUUGGCUGCUGUAAUCCAUUAUCCACUCUGGGGUGAUGUCAUGCUUACGGGACAUGCAACAAUGACUUCUAAGGUGGCUGCAGCGGCAGUUAGUAUCAGCCAGAGCUUACUUCAUCACCAGUGAUGACCAGAUCCAUCCAGCUUUUUCCAGUAACAGCUUAUGUGAACUGAAAGUGAAACGUCUCCGUUGUCCCCAGGUCCCCCCACAGGCACCAUGGCCUCCUUACAAUGACAUUGAUGAAAAUGGUGUUUUAUACAUGACUACUUUAAACAGGAUGGAGGCCCAAAGCCUCAAACGUCUGGUUCCACAGUGAACCUUACCCACAGAAAAAGACAGUUGAUGGUGGGAUUGGCAGUAGGCAGUUCCACCAGUGAAGCUGUUGUAGCGCAUCAUCACGGUUGGUCAGUUCCUUCCUGAGACCCCAGGAUGACGCGCGCUAUUCUGAGCUAUCUGACAGACUUGUGAUACCUGACAUAAGGAGUGGACAAUGAACAGAACAAAGAAGUAUGAGGGUUUGUGUGGUGAAGGGAAGCCGCCCCCGACUGAAGUCCCCAUAGGUUGGCAGCGAAGGAUCACCCACAGCGGGGUUGUCUACAUUAGUCCCAGUGGCUCAGUGCUAGCCUGUCUGGAACAGGUUAAGAGCUACCUGCUGACCGAUGGCACCUGCAAGUGUGGCCUGGAGUGUCCUCUGAUCAUUCAAAAGAUAUUCAACUUUGACUCCGGGGUGGUUGUCAAGCAGAGGACGGCUGAAGAUGCCCGAGCUGACGCCGAUGUCACCAAGCUGUGUAUCCACAAGAGGAAGAUCAUCGCCGUGGCAACCUUGCACAGGAGCAUGGAGUCACCACACCCUCCGCUGGCUCUCAGCAGUCAGGGUGGGGGCCUUGGCACGGUGCCUAUGGGUCCAUUGAGUAAUCAAGCAUUAAGGAACAAUAUGCAUGAUGGUCCACCCAAAUCUGUGGCUCUUGAUGGCAAGAAUCUCUAUAAGAUGGGAAUGUUGGUUUCCGGUCAAAGGUACUACAACCAUGAACUGGGUUCUCCCCCUCAGAGGGACCUGUAUUACAGCAGGACAAGGCUCGGGGCCAGCGAUCACAGUAGGCAACAGAGGUCCCCUUAUUGCAGCCGCAGUGUCCUACUCAGCCCCUCUUCAUCCACCUCAUGUGGUGCCCAGCAUUAUGGUGAUGGGACUCCUUCCCCAAGGACUGAACCUCUGGGGAGUCCGGAGCCCAACAUGCUUGGUUUUCAUGGCGCUUGCAGCCCAGGAUCUGCUCAUAUGAACGGUGAUCAUUUCACCCCUCUCUCACCACCCAGUAUCUUGUUGCAUGGUUCGCCAUCAACCACCCAGCCCUCGUGUACUUUGGCGGUAAGGUCUAAUAUACCCAGUUCCCCUAUAGUCAAUGAAAAAAGCCCCAUUAUGCAGAAUCCUACCUGCAAUUUCCCACGCAGUGACUUUCCACAUAAGCCUCAACCUGCAUGCCACCCACAGUCACACUUGUCCCUUUCACAACUUCCUCCAUGCGUACUGCAGAAGAAGCAGGUAACCUCUGAAAAGGACCCUCUUGGUAUCCUGGACCCCAUUCCGAGCAUGGGUCAAAGCCAGGUUCCCUUACUGCAAAAGUCUGGCCUCCAACACAAUGCCCAAUCUCAGGUACCACCAAUGAAUGUAAACAUUCCCCCUGCCAGUGUCCCUUUGCCCAGCAACCUACCCUUGCCGACUGGAAAGUCUGGACCAGUUGGGCAUGGCCAGAGGGUCCAGCACCACCAAACUCCCUCAUCUGUCUCAUCCUCACCUAUCAUGUCCCCAGUACAUAUAGCUGGGCCUAGCCUUGCCAGAGUGGAGUCACCCCACCGCUCACGUUGCUCUUCCGGCUCUUCUGAACAUGGUAGCUUUGCUCACCCGACAGGGCUCCAGGUUCCUUGUGGCAGUUCAAAGCCAUUUCCCAGGUCCCCUCGGGCCUCCUUGGGGUCCCCUCGGGCCUCCUUGGGGUCCCCUCGACCUGCAAUGCCGCCAAGUUCUGCAUUUAAAAUGGACAAACUCCAUCACUUGAACGAUCCCCCUAACCACCUGUCUGGGGGAUUGAACAGUAUUCUAAACAGGCAUCCCAACUCCAUGUGCCCUCCAGCUCCUGGGUCUGAUGGUGUUCUUCAAAGGAAUCACUCAGUUGGAAUGCCCCUUAACCAGAUACUGGAUCAGCAGAAUCCUGCUUCCUUCCCAGCCAGCAGUCUGCUGUCAGCGGCAGCCAAAGCACAGCUAGUAAAUCAAAACAAACAUCCAGACAGCACAGUGGGUGUUGGCACAGAGGCCCGCAGUGGCAGCAGUUUGGGACACCCUGGGCUGGUUGGUGGAGGCAGAGGUGGGAACGUAGAAGGACACAGCACUUUAAACCAGAGAUAUAUACCUAAUCCUGGGCCGUUGGCUAGCGAGGGUCAAAGUGGAAGAGCGGCACUAAGGGACAAACUCAUGGGUAUGGCUCAACAGAGAGAGGCAAAUCGUAAGCGGAAAUUGUCCAAUGACAGCAACGCUGGUGGCAUCAACAAUGACAGGGCUUUUGAUGUGCUCAAGCAUCCAUUGGGUGGCUCUGGACCUGGCACUAGUUCCUCUAACUUUCCAGAGCCUUUAAGGAGAAUGUUGCAGCAGGGUGGUUUGCCCCAAAACACUUCAAUGGCCCAACUGCUCCAGUCAAUGAGUCACCAGAAUGCCUGCAAUGGGCCAAACCACAUAGGCAACCCUGGCAAAUCUGCCUUCUUGGAUGAAGGCUUGCCUCAGUUGUCGACUUUGCAGCAGAACGUGCAUGGUCUUCAAAUUCAGAGUAGAGCAGAAGUCCCGGGCUUCCAGAACAUGAACAUUGAAGGACAUAAUUCCAACAUGGAGCAGUUCAUCGGGCCAGUGAACCAAAUUCAGGACUCUGACUUAGCUGGAAACUUUGGGGUGCUAGGUUACGGUGGACAACAUGCAACUAUGGGGUCGAUGCAUGGCAAUCCAAACCCUCACCAGCAGCAGUUUGGACAUUAUCAGAAGCCAUCACAGGGACAAGGAAACCCUCACUUCAGAGGGAGGCCAGGAUUGCCUCCCAUGAUAUCCAAUGGCAGUGUCCAAACCCUCUCUGAGUCAGAUGAGGUCAAUAGUUCUCUGAGCUGUGAGCUGAGGCAGGCCCAAGAGGAGAGUCUCCAGUCUCUCAUCAGGAACAGCCAGACACUGCAACAGCAGAGACAGCAACAGCGUGUUCAGGGCCAGCCUCAGGGUACCUCCCAGGGUCUGGGCCGGCUCGCCAUACAGGGCCAACAGCAACACAGGUUCCAUCCUGAUGCCCCUCUCCCUGAUGGCGCUUCCUCCAACCCCAUGAACAGCCUCCUUGAGAGCUUCCAGGUGAGUUUACCUGAGAGGACCCCACUUCCCAACAGAACUAUAAUAAGUCAACCAGGGAUGAUGUCCAUGUCCCAUCCCGGUGCCCCUUGCCACCAGGAGGGUCAUGGAGAAUACCAGGCUGCCCAGGGUCUUCAAAAUAUCGUGGGAGAAAUUUUGAACCCCAUCCACAAGCCAGCGAUGGGUCCGGCCAUUAAGGGCAGAUUUAAUGUCAUCACAUCGACGGGUGGUAACACUACCUUGGGGGCUUCUGUUGUCGGCGAGCCUGUUGACCUCUCCCAUGCAAUUAACCCUGUCAUUCAUGGCCCCCUCCGCUCAUAUCAGGAGCCAGUGCCCGAGCUCCGACACCAUCCCAAGGUGGGCCGGCCGCGCAAGAAGACCCCAGAACGAAACAACGGCUUCUCCCCUGUUGCCAUGGAGGUCCCUGCCAGAUUUCGCUCGCCGCGACGUGGAGCCCAGAGAAGACAAUGGGAUGGGGAAGCUGAGGGCCAGGAGCAGGCUGGUCUAUGGCAUAAUGACGAGCUCCUCCAACAGCUUUCCUUAGCCCAGAGCAGGAACAUCACCUAUCCAGAGAGGCGUAAAGGUCAGGUCCAGCUAGGCCCUCUGGAUCAAACACCACUUCAGUUCCCCAGUAACCUGUAUGCCCAUACGAAUGGCAGCAGUGGGGGCUUCAACUCUGGAGGUUUACACCCCAGACACCUAAACCUGGCCCCUGGCUCCUCUUCUUCUGGCCCACCAGAGGGCCACCUCACCAAGGACUAUGGCCACCUCAACGGGCAUCUGAACGGGCACCUCAAAGGGCAUCUGAACGGGCACCACUACAAUGGGCAUUACAAUGGGCACCUAAAUGGAAGCCUGAGCAGCGAGGAGGAUCUGAGGCCUGGUGAUGUGCCCUUCAGCGAGGGUCCCCAGCUCCACCACAGGCCUAGAACUCAAGCCCACUACCCAGGAGAGCUGCUCUGGGGCCAGGGCAAAGGUUUCCUGUCAUGGCCAGGCAAGAUGGGGAACCAGGGGCACCUGUACUCCCCUGGGAUGUUGAACGGCAUGCAGGGCAAGGUAGAGUCUGAGAAGUUCCAAAGGACACUAACAGAGGAUUUGGAGACACUACAAAAAGCAAACAAGAUAACUAGAAAUGGUGGAAAACGGAAUAACCACCUAGAGGCUGCUAUACAGGAGGCUAUGAGCGAGCUGGAUAAGAUGACCGGCAGUAUGUCACAGAGAGAGAGACAAGUCAAGACCCCUAAACCCAAAAGGAGGAAGAUCUCAAGAUGACAGUGAAUGUGUGGAUCUGUUACUUCAGUGGCCUGCUAGCUAGCAAUUUUUUUAGACAGUGGGUCUCAGUGUAGCCUAUGUAGAAUUGCUAGCUACUAGUUAGCUGUGUGUGCAUUAGAAGAGACCAUUGUCUACUCUGUUACAUUAGGUACUAUGUCUGACUGGAUUGGUGCUACAAAGACUCAACACCCCUUCCACUUUGACCACCACCAGGACACUGACUGCAAGAAGUAUAAAAGAGGACGGAGGAACCUAGAUACAAAAUAAUAGCUGUGAUAUAUCCACAGCGAGCUUGUCCUUAUGAAAAAGGAGAUUCUAUGAGGGAAUUGUUAGUACAAAUAUUUCUGAUGCAUUUUAGAUUAUGUACAUAGACAAAGGGAAACUGUACAACAUUAUAUUGACUGAUUAAUUGUAGAUAUUGUGCAGUAUUAUCAUAAUGAUCAUUUUGUAAUGUGCAUAUCAAUACAAAACUAUAUAUGUUUCUCCUGUUUUUAUUUUGGCUGCACAAUUGUGCGGCCAGAUAUUUCAUAUGUUAAAAGGAAAGCAGCAUAAAGUCAUUUUUCUAUAGAGAUUUAAAUGUGCUGUUAAGCAUCAGACAGCAGAAGGAUUAUGAAACAUUGAACUUUAACAGAAAACUAUUGUCAUGUACAUGUAAGGAAGUCCCCAUGAAAGUGAAUUGGAGGACUGGAAGAUCGACCAACAGUAUAGCCUACAUCUGAACAUGCACAUACAUUCUCUGACGUUUUUUUAUUUCCUUGUUUUUAACCAUGUUAUUCAAGAAAAGAAAAAGCCAUCAAGGGAAAGAAAUAUGCCUCUUUAAGUUAAAUUAUUUGUACUCACAAAGUAAAAUUUAUUUUCUCUGAAUAUUUUUGAUAAACAGAUUUUCUGUGUUAUAUCUGCAAAAUGACUUUAACCGUAUGAGUGUUUGUUAAUUUUUUUAAAGUAAGUUAUUGUAAAGUUUUGACUUCUUUCUGUGGUGUACAUGUAUUCUGAAACUAAGUAUUCAAUAUCAACAGUUGUAAUAUAUGGUUCUGCCACUAGUGUUUAAGUUACAAUUAUGUUAAUAUUUAAAUGGUGUGAAAAAUGUUACGCCAUUAUAUUUUCUCUAUGAAAUCAUGUUAUUGAGCAUUGCUCUGUGUUUUACCCUUGAAUGUGUCAUUUCAAGUGUCAAAAUGCCUUAAUAGUAAGGACUGCACAUUUACAGCGCAGAAGAGAUCAGUAUUAUACACAUUGGUUUCUUUGCUUUGCAAAGCAAGUUUAAACGACCCAAGAAAGUAUGAGAGUGAACUUUGAUCCGAGCCUUAUAUCAAAUGCUACAACCCCCAGCUGCCAAAGCUAUGCCGUAUCACAGGUUAGGACUUUUUUGUUUAUAUUAUUUACCUUUGUGAUACCCUUGAAUUAGUGGCCUUAAUUUUGUUGAGUUUUGUUUCUGUUGCUUUUGUACUUUAUAAUUUAUGAAUCCCAUAUUUAUUUGUAGAUAUACAGUGGUUACGUAGCAAUAAUACUAAUAAGAGUUGUACACUCUGAAAAGCCUUUAAAGUAUUAUAUAUUUUUCUCUUAAAACCAAAUGAACAGCUUAUAUAUGUAUACAUAUUCAGUCAGUGGUUAAAAAUAUGAAUUUAUAUUUGUGUUUAUUUAUGAAGUGUACAUUUUUGGACACUCAGUAUGUGCAUAGUGUUCAUUUUCUUGUGUCAAAACUUAGUAUACCCAUGCCCUGAAGAAAUGGUAAGAUUUAUAUUAAAUAAGUGAACGUUUUCUGUACUUUAUACCCUGACUCAGGAGGGCACUUUCAUGAAAAUAUGAAAUUGCAAAACUGAGAAGUGUUCAUAAGUUUGUCAAAUUUGUAAUGUUAAAAAUACACUAUCAAGGAAAUUUACCUAUUUAAUAUUUUAAUCAUUUAGCUGCCACUUUUAUCUAGAGCGACUUGCAUACGUUAUUGAUUGCAUACAUUUAGUACAUAAAGUAGUUCACAAUUACAUUUGUUUUGUUAUGGGGAGAAUAGGAGAUGAUUUAGACUAUUGGAAGCUGGGGAUGAUUUGGCGGCCAUAAUUGUAUGAGGGCCACAUUAGAAAUUUUGCCAGGACACCUCUACUCUUACAAUGAGUAAUCUGUUCAGUCAGAAUGGCAGGGCAUUCUAAAACACAAUAUUUAUGCAGAGUUUUGAAAGUAGGAUGUCAUCAAAAUUAUAUCAAAUUGUUUAAGAGGAUUCAAUAUUGCACGCAAUCCUAAAUUUCAGAGUAUAGAAAGAGCCCAGUAGAUGUCAGUGAACUAAGUAAAUUGUUAGAUUGAAAUUAUUUCAAAAAUACUUUUACAUAUUACUAAGCCAAUUUAUGGUUAAAGUAAAGUGUAACAUUGUGUUAAAUUGUCUUCCAUUUCCAAUUUCUGUGCAUUUUAAUGAUUUUGAGUGAUUGUAUUUAUAUGGAAUAAUUGUUUGGCCCUGUUAUUGGGAGAAAAAGCAUGUUCUAAUAUCUUUAGAAUGAUCUAUUGAAUAUGGGUUUUCCAUGUAAUUUUGUGCUCAUCAUUUUAAAACAUACAGUAAAAGGUGAGUGGACCACAUUGAUUUUGUUUUAGUUUACAGUGUAAAAGUAGUUAUCAUUUUGUAAAGUAUUUUCAUUACGAAUAUAAUAUGUAUGCAUUGUCAUUUGGUAAGGUAAAGGUCCCAAUGUGGCGCAAACAUCAAAGUAUCUUUUGUACUUGAGGUUCUUGUAGUUUUCCAAUACAUAUUCUGAAUACAUAACAGCUGUAGCAUUUUCUUUUUCUGCUUCUCCAGCAGAAAUAUUUUACAUAUAAAAGUGUGCCUGAAAUUUCAGGCAUUAAAAAGUG